AUGGUGGGUGGUCACCAGCCACUGACCUCCUCGGGAACCUCAAUAUGCACAGUCCUUCAGUUUGAGCAGCAAUACACACGAAUCACGGAUGCAAUCUUGGCUCGUUCGAGAGAGUUGACGAAGCUACCGCCGAACUCAACUCCGGAACUGAUCGAGGAAGCAUUGCAGGCAUUACCAAAGCACAUUCCCGAGAAAGGCUGGGGUCUCAAAGGUCAGUUUGAUCAUAUUUGCGAAUGAAUCUGCGCUACUGCUACAAUUUCGUGAGUUGACAGUACCGCCACUUCGAGCCCGACAGCAACGACGGACUUGCUUCUCGACAAGAUUUGCCCCGCUCUGGCAGUGGGACAAGCGGGUCAGUGUUCAUAUGAGUCGUGUAUAAAGAAGAAAACGAGUCGAUACAGUAAUCAUAUUCAUUUACGGUGCCCUCAGGCCCUCGAUACUAUGGCCUCAUCACAGGUGGGGUCACCUCGGCAGCUCAUCUCGCCGACAACCUCGUCACGUCCUUUGACCCGAACGUUCAGGUCCAUCAACCGGUGAGGGAAGCUCUUUUGUAUCUGCUUUAAGCAGACCAUUUGCUGAGUCUCAAAGUGUAUGUAUCCAAUAUCAGGAAGAAACAAUCUCCACCAUCCUGGAACAGAUCACGCUUUCUCAACUCCUAGACUUCCUCUCGCUCCCUCGGGAUCGCUUCACGCACAACACCUUCACGACCGGAGCCACGGCGUCCAACAUUCUCGGUCUAGCCCUAGGUCGAGAUUAUGUCGUAUCAUGCAUCAAGGGCUCCUCGUGGUCCGUCGCCGAAGACGGGUAUGGGGACGUGCCGGUCAAAGUUUUCGUUGCUGGGGCACACGCGAGUGUAGCCAAAGCUGCGAGUCUUGUUGGGAUCGGGAGGAGGAAUGUAUACAUCUCACUGAUGAAGUGAGUGAGGAGUCCUGCGACUUUGAUAUGGUUCGUCUAGAGAAGAUGCUCCGGGAGAAUGAGCAGGCCAAGGUGGGGUCGAUCGUGGUGAUUAGUGCGGGAGAGGUCAACACGGGGUUAGUCUCGGGGCGUCGUGGUCAUUGUCGAAAAAAACGAUUUUUGACCGCACCGGAUCCGCUACACCAGAGGAUGGACCGGCGAGGUCCACAAAAUUCGGCAUUUAUGCGACCAGGGUGGCGCGUGGCUGCACGUCGAUUCAGGUCAGUCCAGCGGGCCUCUCGGCGGGCCUUUCGACGAAGCAGUUUUGACUUACCCUGUCCCCUCUUUUCUGCCUUUGCGUCAUAGCGUUCGCCGUCUUUGCAAGCGUCUUGCCCGAGUUCAAGCACUGGGUAGACGAUGUCGCGCUCGCAGACAGCAUCUGCUCGGAUGCGCACAAGUGUCAGUCCGAUCCCAACCCACGCUUUGUGCCGGAAAGCAGACGGGCUGACUCUCAAUUGCGUGUCAAUACAGGGCUGAACGUUCCAUAUGAUUGCGGCAUAUUCUUCUCGCGUUCGUCGGGCCUGUACGAGCUACUGGGACCGGGGCAAAACUCCCCGGCCUACCUCCGCUCAACACGGGUGUCAGUUUCGAGCUCCCCCACGGAGACCACGACCCCUCUCUUGGAUCCGUACCGCACCAUGACAUCUCCACUCUUCCUCAAUGUGGAAAACUCUCGUCGAUUGUGGGUUCUCUCUUCACCGGCGUCUUGCUCGUCCCGGGCUGAAUUUCGCCCUUGAGCUGCUUCUGUUCCCUAGCCGAGCUCUCCCUGUCUACACCUCGUUAAUCUCUUUGGGAAAAUUGGGCUAUGCCGACCUAUUUGCGAGCAACAUUGCCUUUGCUCGUCGCAUUGCAUCCUACCUCGAUUCCCACCCAGCCUUCGAAGUCCUCACGCCUUCCUCUCAAUCUCCGGAGUCCAAACUUCGUUUCCGACAACUCAACAUCGUCCUCUUCGCACCCUCUAUGUCCAAAGGGCCAGUACGUUUCAGAGGCGAGAAUGGCGCUGAUGUCCUCCGACAAGAGAUCAAUAAUACUGGGAGGAUGUACUGUACGGGCACAAAGUGGAAGGGGAGAGGCGCGAUCCGCAUCGCGGUGAGCAAUUGGUUGACGAGUGAGAAGCGGGAUUGGCCUAUUGUGAAAGAGGUCUUUGACAGAGUGACGGAAGAGGUCACCGAGUGA